CGCCCGCCCCGGUCCGGCCCGCCCCCCUCCCCCACCCCCGCCCCCGGUCCUGUCGGCGGGGUCCGGAACCCACUGUGCCGUCGCCUCCCUUUUUCGACGCCUCCGCCGCCGCCUGAGGAGGCGAGCUCGCCGGGAGUUACACCGCCACCGCCAGGAUGGAUAGAAUGACAGAAGAUGCUCUUCGCCUGAACCUGUUGAAGCGGAGCUUGGACCCAGCAGAUGAGCGAGAUGAUGUCCUGGCUAAACGACUCAAAAUGGAGGGUCAUGAGGCCAUGGAACGCCUGAAAAUGCUGGCACUCCUUAAACGGAAGGAUCUGGCGAAUCUUGAAGUGCCACAUGAGUUGCCCACCAAACAGGAUAGCAGUGGUGUCAAGGGCUAUGAAGAGAAGCUCAAUGGGAAUCUCAGGCCUCAUGGAGACAACAGGACUUCUGGAAGGCCUGGCAAAGAAAACAUCAGUGAUGAGCCUGUGGAUAUGAGUGCAAGGCGGAGUGAGCCAGACCGAGGAAGGCUGACUCCUUCCCCAGACAUCAUUGUUUUAUCUGAUAAUGAGGCUUCCAGCCCCCGCUCCAGUUCCCGAAUGGAAGAAAGACUCAAAGCAGCCAACUUAGAGAUGUUUAAGGGGAAAGGCAUGGAAGAACGGCAGCAGCUCAUCAAGCAGCUAAGGGAUGAGCUGCGAUUGGAAGAAGCCCGGCUGGUGCUAUUAAAGAAACUGAGGCAGAGCCAGCUACAGAAAGAGAACGUGGUCCAGAAGACCCCAGUUGUGCAGAAUGCAGCAUCCAUCGUUCAGCCGUCUCCUGCUCAUGGGGCACAGCAGGGCCUGUCAAAGCUUCCCUCCCGGCCAGGGGCCCAAGGGGUUGAACCACAGAGUCUGAGAACAUUACAGGGUCACAGUGUCAUCCGUUCAGCGACCAAUACCACCCUCCCACAUAUGUUGAUGUCUCAACGUGUUAUUGCACCAAACCCAACUCAGCUCCAGGGUCAGCGGGGCCCACCCAAGCCUGGCCUUGUACGCACCACAACACCCAACAUGAAUCCUGCCAUCAAUUACCAACCGCAGUCGAGUUCUUCUGUUCCCUGCCAGCGCACAGCAUCCUCUGCCAUCUAUAUGAACCUUGCCUCCCACAUCCAGCCAGGAACCGUGAACAGAGUGUCCUCACCACUUCCUAGCCCCAGCGCCAUGACCGAUGCUGCCAACUCCCAGGCUGCAGCCAAAUUGGCUCUUCGCAAACAGCUGGAAAAGACACUCCUGGAGAUCCCACCCCCUAAACCUCCUGCUCCCUUGCUUCACUUCCUGCCUAGUGCAGCCAAUAGCGAGUUCAUCUACAUGGUGGGCUUGGAGGAAGUCGUACAGAGUGUCAUUGACAGCCAAGGCAAAAGCUGCGCCUCACUCCUGCGGGUCGAACCCUUUGUGUGUGCUCAAUGCCGCACAGACUUCACCCCCCACUGGAAGCAGGAAAAGAAUGGUAAGAUUCUGUGUGAGCAGUGUAUGACCUCCAACCAGAAGAAGGCUCUAAAGGCUGAACACACCAACCGGCUGAAAAAUGCUUUUGUUAAAGCCCUACAGCAGGAACAGGAAAUUGAACAGCGACUUCAGCAGCAGGCUGCCCUGUCCCCCACUGCGGCUCCAGCCGUGUCCAGUGUCAGUAAACAAGACACCAUAAUGAGACAUCAUACCCUUCGGCAGGCUCCACAGCCCCAGAGCAGCCUCCAGCGUGGCAUACCCACCUCUGCCCGUUCCAUGCUGUCCAACUUCGCACAGGCGCCCCAGCUGUCUGUGCCAGGUGGCCUCCUCGGGAUGCCAGGUGUCAAUAUUGCAUACUUGAACACCGGCAUUGGAGGACACAAAGCUCCCAGUUUGGCAGACCGACAGCGGGAGUACCUUUUAGACAUGAUCCCUCCCCGGUCUAUAGCGCAGUCCAUCAGCGGGCAGAAAUAACGCCUGUCCUCUUGUGCUGCCCCAGCCUCGAACCCUUUGCCCCCUCUCUCCCAUGGUCCCCAACUUCCGUCGCAUGCAGUGCCUGUACUGGUGCCUACCAUACACGGAAAACAAAACAGAGAAACAGAAGACAAACGUAGAAAUCAACAGGAGAACAUGCACCUGCCCCGCCACCCCCUUCUCUCACUGCUGCGAUCCUGCUGCUCUGGUCUUCUCUCCGGUUUCCAUUCACAGUGAGGUGCUCUUUACCUCUGUUAGAGGUCAGAGUGAGGUCCUGGGGAGACACCUAAGCCCCUGACGUGUGUUUCUAAAGUUUUUAUGCUAUAAUUAUUGUCAUUUUUAAUGAUGUUGUGUGUCCUCCCUUUGUUCAGUGGACAGUUAAGCCUUUUUAUUUUCCCUCAAUAUUUUUUUUGCCCCUUUUUUUUUUUUUAAACACAGAUGACAUUCAGAUAAACAACAGGAGCAUUGCUGGGCAGGGUGUCCCCGAGGGGACAUGACUGGGAGUGUUGGGGGCAGAAGUUUUUAAUGCACUUAACCUGGGGUCGGGGGAGGUAGCAGCAUCAAACAAAGAGGACGUCAGCCCUGGGUGUCUCUGGUCUGGAAGGUCUGGGAGGCUGUGUUUUGUACAGAAGUUGGGCUCUAAGAAUGAGGGAAAGAGCCUGGAGGGAGAAGCUUUAAAAUGUAAACACCAUGGAACUGACCCACAGGGAACGGGGAGAGGGACAGGUUGACAAGGUUAGUGUUCAGCCAGAGUGGGACAGAGGCUGGUCUUGGCCUCCUGGAUGCUCUGCUGGUCCCAGUGAAGAUGGAAGUCUGUUCCAGGUCAACUAGCCCAAAAUUAUUUCAUCUUAUUUUCUUUGUAAAAUUCUGCCCCCCACCCCCCUCCGCCUUCAAUACUAAUCUCUGGGAAGCACAGCCCCAUCUGUCUCUCUAUCUGUAAUGCAGAGGCAUGGCUAUUCCCAGCCUGAGUUAGCCGGUGUCCUAGAGGUUGGGCCAGGCAUGCUGAGUGAGACAGGAGGAAAGACAGAUUGUCCUUCCACCCUGAGUGCCCAGAGGAGAGGCAAGGAGGCCUGCACCGCAAGUACCGCACCAGCUGCUCAGAGCCAGACAUCUCUCAUCAAAACCAGCUCUGGACCCCUCUGUGCAGAGUAGUAGUUGUGUUCCCCUCCCCCCCAAACUAUUAAUUUUCCUCUUCUGUUUUCAGCUUUUUCUUAAGCGCUACUAAUGUAGAGAAUGAACUGAAUUGUGCAAUGUUGCUGUUCUGGGGAUGGGAGGUUAACAUCCCACCUGCCCACACCCGAAGGCGGUGGGGGGCAGGGACCAGGCUGGUUUGGAGGUUAGGGAAGCCCCUUCAAGGCAGGGGUUUCACUCACCUGCGUCUGCAGCUCUAGCAGGUGCCAGAGUGCCAAGAAGGGUUGCUCAGAGCCGAGAGAUGUGAAGAGGAGUUUGGCAUUUUGCCCUUGAAAGCCACCUGGAAAAGUUCCCCCACUUUUAUUUUUUAAAAUUAAAUGAUUUUUUUAAAAUAAGAAGGCACUUUUAAAAUUAACACACACACACACAAACUGCACAUCUUCCCCGUAAAGUCUGGGGAUUGGGGGAAGUGGUGGAGGAGCUGGGAUCAGGCUCAGUCCCCUUCCCCAUACCCCAGAGCCACUGCGGGUUGCUCUACUGGCCCUACGGGCCUUCCUGGGUUUUUUUUCUUUCCUCCCUUCCCCCAAACUCAUUGAGCACUUAAUAAAGGAGCAGAGAUACAGCCUGUGUCUGGGCUCCCCAGUGGUGAAGUGAUCUGAAGCUAGAUGCUAGUAACAGAUAGUGAUGGGGCUGUUUGGAGUAUUUUUCAGGGGGAAUGUGGUACCCCUGACUGUAAGUGGUGGGAGAGGGAGGGGGGUUAUGAAACUGGGUCUGGGAUUAUUUUAAAAUUAUAUAUAUAUAUAAAGAUAUAUUCUUACAUCUUUUCUUUGCCCUCUGUGCUUUGAAAGCACUGGAUAAAUCGUUUGGUUUUGCUUUUCUCUCUUCCACAAAAUUGGAAGCUUUUUUUUUUUCCUUCCUCUACAAGUCAUCUUGCCUUGUGGCAUGUCUGUCAGCCUCUUUCGCCCCGCCCACCAUGAUGAAGUGCCAUUUCUGUUAUGUCUCCCCUCCCCCAGCUUUGGAGGUACCAGGUGCCCAAAUCUGUCACUUGAGAUUAAGUGUAAGGAACAGAGAAUGUGCAAUACCGUCUGGUUGGGGGCGAUCCCUGCCCUGAGCCGAGCCUCCUCCUUGGGAGCCAGGCCACCUUUGAAUGGGGUUUGGAAGUAGGCUGUGUAGACAGAGGAGUGAUGGGGAAGGAAUGCCCAGCCGAGUGCCUGCCAGGGUGCUGGGGCGAUGGAGGAGGAGGACAGAGGAGGACGGGCAGAGUGGGAGCCUCCCUCUUCGUUCCCUUGGGCUCAGUUGCAUAGAGGCUGCUUGUUGACUAGUGUAGCUCCAUGACCCUUUGCUCAAUCGCUGAGGUUUGAUUUCUUACCCUUCCUCCCCAUUUUUCAUAUCCUUUCCUGGGAUUACUGAUGGGGGUGAGUUUUCCUUAAUCAUGGUGAAGUAUUAGCCUUCCACCUCCUCCCUGCUCCCCACCCCCAUCCGUCUGUCUUCCUUAAUUCUCUAGUUUUUCAUCACCAAUAACCUUGUGUCCCUCCAGUCCCUGAGGAUGGCUGGGCCCAUAGACACUAACCCUCAUGCCUAAAGAUAGGAGGAACCUCGCUCUGUUCAGUUAGCCUCUCCCCUAGUGCUCUGAAGCUUGGGGACACGAAGGCCGAGGACACUGCUGGUUCUGCCCGGCUUCCUCCAUAUCCAGAGGCUCUGCAGGUGGUGGUUCGUGGACAGUGGCUUACUCCUGAGACACCUGAAUUGGGUAGAUGAGCAGGAAAGCUUUGGGAAAGCUGAGAAGCUGAGGGACAGAGGUCAUUUGUCUUUUUUUUUUUUUUUUUCAUUUCCUAUUUUUGUCAUUUGACCACAGCAUCUGGACUUUCUCCAUCCCCGGAAUAAGUAUUUUUCAACAUUUUUGGAUGUAUGUAUGGUAGACCAUUUUUUUUAAGACACAAAGAUAAAUGUUUUCCUGCUUUGGUUACCUUUCCUUUCCCCUUUAAAAGGACUUAGCUAUAGAGCCGCUUUGUAAAGAUGCUUCUUGGUAUUUUACUUUGUCCCUUUCCCAAGCACUCCCCCUUAACCCUCCUCUCCACACCCCACCCCACCCGGCCCUAGGCUCCCCCGCCCUCCAACAAGACUUUCAUUAGCUUAUGAUACUUGCUGCCGAGAUGUUAUAACAAGGACUCAUUCGUGUAUAUAAGCUAUUUCUUGAUCCAUUUAAAAGGAAUUGUACAUUGUGUAGAAAAAAAAAAAAAACUGAAAAAGAGAAAAAAAAGCCCUCGCCAUGGA